CCCCCCCCCCCGGGGUGCUCGGAAAAGGAAGGGUUCGCGUCCUGCUUCUUCGGGACCCCACACGGCCGCACAGCGCCCUCUGUGUCCGAUCGCCGGGGCAGGCAGCGAGGCUCGGGCCUGCUGCCCGGUUGUAGAUGCUGAGAACAAUACACAGAUGCAAAAGACUUGAUUCUUGCCCUUAAGGAAUUUAUGCAGUCUGGUUGGAGAGAAAGUAAGUGCAAGCUGCUGCAGUGCAAGAUGGCAGGAUUUCUAUAGUAUACCUAGUAUGAGUUCCACAUCUUGGCCUCUUCUCCAACUUCAGCAGUCUCGUCUCCACCAUCUGGAGAAUAAAUGGAAUAUUUGCAUGAAUUCCAAACUCUGAACUGAAAUAAACCGCAGUGUCAUUCUUUUCUUCUGGUUGUUAUCAACAGCUCCUCAGAAAAUUAAAUGUCGUCAGAAGACCGAGAAGCUCAGGAGGAUGAAUUGCUGGCCUUGGCGAGUAUUUAUGAUGGAGAUGAAUUUAGAAAAGCAGAGUCUGUCCAAGGUGGAGAAACCAGGAUCUAUUUGGACUUGCCACCAAAUUUCAAGAUAUUCGUGAACGGCAAUUCAAAUGAGUGUCUCCAGAAUGGUGGCUUUGAAUACACCAUUUGCUUUCUGCCUCCACUUGUGCUGAACUUUGAACUGCCACCAGAUUAUCCAUCCUCCUCCCCACCUUCAUUCACACUUAGUGGCAAAUGGCUGUCACCAACUCAGCUGUCUGCUCUCUGCAAGCACUUAGACAACCUGUGGGAAGAACAUCGCGGCAGCGUGGUCCUAUUUGCCUGGAUGCAGUUUCUUAAGGAAGAGACCCUAGGUUACCUGAAUAUUGUCUCUCCUUUUGAGCUGAAGAUUGGUUCUCAGAAAAAAGUGCAGAGAAGGAUGGCUCAAGCCUCUACCAGCACAGCACUAGAUUUUGGAGGAGCAGCCGGCUGUGACGUAGACCAAGAGGAAGCUGUGGAUGAGAGAGCUGUGCAGGAUGUGGAAUCAUUAUCAAGUCUGAUCCAGGAAAUCCUGGACUUUGAUCAAGCUCAGCAGAUAAAAUGCUUUAAUAGUAAAUUGUUCCUGUGCAAUAUCUGUUUCUGUGAGAAGCUGGGGAGUGAAUGCAUGUACUUCCUAGACUGCAGGCACGUGUACUGCAAAGCCUGUCUGAAGGACUACUUUGAAAUUCAGAUCAAAGAUGGCCAAGUUCAGUGCCUCAGCUGCCCCGAACCCAAGUGUACUUCGGUGGCCACUCCUGGUCAGGUCAAAGAGCUAGUGGCAGCAGAGCUAUUCGCCCGUUACGAUCAGCUGCUUCUCCAGUCCACCUUGGACCUGAUGGCAGACGUGGUGUACUGCCCUCGCCCAUGCUGCCAGUUGCCGGUGAUGCAGGAGCCUGGCUGCACCAUGGGCAUCUGCUCCAGCUGCAAUUUUGCCUUCUGUACUUUGUGCAGAUUGACCUACCAUGGCGUCUCUCCGUGUAAGCUCACUGCAGAGAAAUUAAUAGACUUACAGAAUGAGUACCUGCAAGCAGAUGAGGCCACUAAGAGAUUUAUGGAGCAGAGGUAUGGGAAGAGGGUGAUUCAGAAGGCGCUGGAAGAGAUGGAAAGCAAGGAGUGGCUCGAAAAGAACUCGAAGAGCUGCCCGUGUUGCGGCAUUCCCAUAGAGAAAUUAGAUGGUUGUAACAAGAUGACGUGUACUGGCUGUAUGCAGUAUUUCUGCUGGAUUUGCAUGGGCUCUCUCUCUAGAGCAAACCCGUAUAAACAUUUCACUGAUCCUGCUUCCCCGUGUUUUAACCGGUUGUUCCAUGCCAUGAACGUCAAUGGAGACAUUUUGGAAGAUGAGAUUGAAGACUAGUUCAUUCCUGCUGCUCAAUAUGUGGAAGUGGAAUGGUUUGCUCUAAUCUUUUGUCUGGCAUACAAAGUACCUUUGCCGGAUAUUUAGGGAGACCAUGCAUUCACUCUUGCGAGGUAGAAGAUAAGGAAGAAUGAGGUUUAUAUUUUCGUGUGGUACUACUGACUAAGGCAUGUUCAUACAUUGAAAAAUGUAACUUAAUUGAGAAAAGUAUAAGCCAAAGGUUCAGAAAAUGAAAACUAGAGAAUAUUAAAUAUUACUAUGUUCCCAAAGCUCUGAAUAGUUAAAAAUUUAAAUAUUUAUUUUUUCCCCAAGCUUUAGGUAAGGAGAGUGGUCCAGAGUUCAACUUACAGACCUUUUUGUCUCUCUGAGAAGCAUCCCUCUAGUACUACCCCUUGCAGUUGGGGUGGGUAGAAGCCUUACUGAAUUUCACCAAGAGCCUGAUCUCACUCACUCCACGUUACAUUGCUCCCAGCCUCCAUUUCUGCUGCCUUCUCUUUGGAGGGAGCCCUUUUACUCUGAAACCGACUGGAUGGCCCAGUGUCAAUUUGGCCUACUGCUUUGCAACAUAGAAAUUUAUAAUUUAAAAGAUAUUUUUAAUACCACAAACACUGUGGGUCACCUGAUAUUUGUCACCAAUAUAUAGUCCACUGGUUUUGAGUGGAGUCCUUACUUAAUGACACUGGCUCGGAAGAAUUUCAGCCCUGUUCGGCCUUUCUGGGCAGUAGGGCCUAAAAUCAAAACGACUUGUCUUUGCUGCCUUUCAUUCCACCUUCUCUCCCUUUCCCCUCACCCAGCCUUCUGUUGGUAAGGACAGUUUCACUAUUAACCCCAGCAGCUCCUAUUCUUAUUUCCUCUUCUGCAAUAGGAGACAGCCUAAUAUAUUCCCAAGCUGAGCAAGCUGAGCUUUCUUUAAUUAUCAGCUUUGUGAACUCCACACCACUGUAGUUCAGUCCUAACUUUUAAAAUUAUUUUUAAAGCUUUCCUCUAAUGAGCUUUGGGAAUUUGGUUUCCUACCCUUUUUGCAACAGCACUGUUGGGAUAAUUUUGGCUUGCCCAGAUCCCUAUUUCUGGGUUUUGUUGGCUUUUUGAAAAAUUGUCUUUCCUUUCGGUUUGGUGAGUGGUUUGGUAGCAAAAUAAGAUUUUCUGGAAAAGGACAGAAUUUGGCUGCAGCUGUGAAAAUGUUCUUUUUUCCUACUUUGGUGUCAUUGAAAAUUGAGGAAUCACUUUAACCAUUUUACGUGUGUGUAUCCAAAGAAUCAGCAAUGACUGUUUCUGAUCGUCAAUGAGGAUGUUUAAUCUUAAAAAUAAAAAUAAUUUAAAAUUGUCUUAUAAUCAGA